AUGUGUGGAAUCUUCGGAAUCGAAGGUCGAGACGACGCGACCAACAACACCUACCUGGGCCUGUACGCGCUGCAGCACCGAGGGCAAGAGAGCGCCGGUAUCGUCUCGUGGGACGGUGCCCAGAUGCAUCUCAAGCGAGGGAUGGGCGAGGUGGCGAAGAUCUUCGACGCCAAGGCCCAGGCACGGCUGACCGGGCACCGGGCGAUCGGUCAUACGCGCUACUCCACCGCCGGCAUGAGCGUGGUGUCGAAUGCGCAGCCGAUCGUCGUCAAUACGUCGCUUGGACCCUUGGCUAUCGUCCACAACGGCAACCUCUCGAACGGCGCGGCGAUCCGUGACCAGCUCGAGCAGGACGGUUCGAUCUUCCAGACCACCAGCGAUACCGAGGUCAUUCUGCACCUGAUGGCGCGCUCCGAGCAGCCGCGCCUGGUCGACGCCCUGAUGUCGGCGCUGGCAGAGGUUAAAGGCGCCUACUCGCUGCUCUUGAUGACCGACAGUUGCCUGGUGGCGGCGCGCGAUCCGAACGGCUUUCGGCCGUUGAUUCAGGCGGAGCUCGACGGUGCGACCUGCUUCGCUUCGGAGAGCUGUGCCUUUGAUUUGUUGGGCGCCGAGAUGGUCGGCGAGCUGGCGCCGGGCGAGGUCGUGGUGGCUAGCGAAGGAGGCGUCGAGCGCUUCAACCUGGGGGUCGAGGCGCAGCCCAGCCGCUGUGCUUUCGAGCACGUCUAUUUUGCUCGGCCCGACAGCCUGAUCUUCGGCGAAGCCGUUUCGGACGUCCGCAGCGCCAUGGGCGAGACGCUAGCUCGCGAGAGCCCGGCGAGCGCCGACGUCGUCGUGCCAGUGCCGGACAGUGGCUUGUUUCCGGCGCUCGGGUUCAGCCGCCAAGCCGAGAUCCCGUUCGAGUUCGGCCUGAUCCGCAACCACUACGUUGGUCGGACCUUCAUCCAGCCGAAGCAAUCGAUCCGGGACUUUGGCGUCCGGGUCAAGCUCAAUCCGGUCAAACCGUUGAUCGCCGGCAGACGGGUGGUGCUGGUGGACGAUUCGAUUGUUCGAGGCACUACGUCGCGCAAGAUCGUGCGGAUGGUGCGUGAGGCGGGCGCUGCCGAAGUCCACGUCAGGAUCAGCUCGCCGCCAACCCGUUGGCCUUGUCAUUACGGUAUCGACACGCCCCAACGAGAGCAGCUCAUCGCGGCGCGGCUCGACAUCGAUGAGAUUUGCGGCUCGAUCGAGGCGGACAGUCUCGGCUACCUGUCGCUCGAAGGCAUGCUGGGUUGUCUCGGUGGCGCUGAUUCGAGCUACUGCACGGCGUGCUGGACGGGCGACUAUCGAGUGUCGAUCACCCCCGCCAACGAGUGA